UUUAUGAGCGCCAAGAAGAAAAAAACAAGAACAAGAACAAGAAGACGAACAAGAAAUAACAAAAAUAUUUUUUUUUAAAUUUAAAUUUAAUAUAAAUAAAUAAAUGAUGAUGUGACGGAAGUAGUCCACUCGGAAGAUCUCUGUCCGGCUGCUACCCGAGUUUACGUCGUAAUGUUCAGAAUACUUACAGUUCCAGUUCGUGCAAAUCAUAUUUUGCCUUUCAGAAAAUUCGCGACUAACAAGCGUACAAUAAUGGACAACGAUAAAAACGAAACAAGGUCCAUUCAUUCGGAUAACAUUGAAGAAGUCCAUAACGUCCCAAUACAUGUUAUCAUUCGACCAAUUCCUCCCGUACUCGAUGAACAGAAAGUUCGGAGCCUGAUGAAUACAAUAAAGGACCCUGUAGAUGCCAGCAGUGUUCCCCCUAUCGACGUGCUGUGGAUUACGGGGAAGCAAGGUGGUAAUUACUACUACUCUUUCGGUGGGUGCCACCGGUUCGCGGCCUACCAGAACUUAAAACUGGACACCAUCCCUGCAAAAAUCAUCAAGUCAAACGUUUCAGAUCUGCGCACAUACCUGGGUGCCUCAACCCCUGAUUUACAGUGAUUGUUUUAUCACUUGGGGGUAGAACGGCCUUUUUGGAGAGUCGGCCACUGUCAUUGGAGACACUGUCUUGUGUAAACUGCUGACUCAGGACAAAUGGCAAUGGGUGAUAAGGUCACAGUGUCACCAGACCACAGAAUCAUAGUUUAUAUAUUUUUUAUUUUUUAUUUUAAAAUUGGAGCAGUGAAAUCCUGCUGAAUGCAGCAGGAUUUGGUGCAUGCGGCAUAUAUACUGGCCAGCAGAUGGAGAUCUCACUCCACUUUUUGAUAUUAAAUGCCACAGGCAAGGAAGCCACUGUACUGUAUACAUGCUGUUGAAAAAUCAUUGUACGUCACAAUAUACACUCUUGUAAUUAUGCUGGAAA